AGCUGACCAAGUAAAUGUGGCGAAUCCUGAACAACUAUUUUUACAAGACUCUACUCCAAAAAUCUUUAGAACCGAUAAAUCGUCACAUUCUAUUAUUAUUAACCAAAAAUCUUCUCCGGAUACAAGGCAGAAAGUGCCCAACACGUCAAAAUAUCAACUAAAUAUUCGUAAAAAUCAGCAAUGUUCUCCUGCUGAUAUUCCUACAUCUUCGCUACCUCCCGCUGCUGACGGCGGAUUAUUAACCUUUGAUCAAAGCAAGGGCCAAUUACUAUGGGCACCAGAAGGUUAUCAAGGGAACUCAAAGAAACGCCGACUAAACGGUGGUUCAUUAACAUCGUCAAAGUCCUAUGACGUAAAAGUACCAAGACCCCCUAAUGCAUUCAUCAUAUAUCAUCGAACAAAAUCUAAGGAACUUGCACAAAUCAAGUCUAAAGCACGAAACUCGGACGAACGUCAUCCAUCAAAAACUGUGGCAGAGAUGUGGAGAGAAGAAUCUGAGGAAGUUAAAUUACGAUAUCAAAGGGAAGCUGACUUGGCCCUUGUAGAACAUAAAAGGAAAUAUCCAUAUUAUAAAUAUAGACCAAAAAAAAGAGAUAGUAAAAAUAAAUGUAGCUUAUCUCUUAAUUCAGCAGAUUCUACAAAAGCAACUGACUUUGAUGACUCAAAAGACUCUUCUCAAGUUCCUAUAGAACAUAGAAAACAGGCUUCGAUGGAAUCAGCUUUCUCUGUAUAUGCUUUACAAUCACACAGCGAUCCAAAAGAGGAAAAUGAUUCAAAUUCAGCCAAUACAAUGUUCACUAACAAAAAUUCUCCGCCUCAGACGCCCGAUUUUCCUGGUGAACAUGCACAAUUGAGUUACCAAUCUCAAUGUCCUAAUUGUAGUUGUAGUACACAAAAUAGACAAAAUAGAGGACCAGAACAAAAAUUAUGGGCUGAUUAUUCACUUUCUCAAGUUUCAUCUGCAACAAAUUUACAACCAGGACUUUCAAUGUACGCACAGUCAGAUUUGAAUCCGAUUUUUUCGUUUUAUUUAAUCCCCACCAAUAUCCCCAACACUAUAGAAUUGAUGCCGCCUGCAGAUAGUCCAGUUACUCCAACUUAUUCAUCAGCAAUGAACGAACCAAGUUUUACAAACUUGGAAAAUCAAUUUUCUUCUAACAUUAACAACAUUAAUGUAAAUGUCCCAGCUACUACAGCGGAUAUUAUCACAAUCCCAAUUCCUUCUGAUGAAACAACACAAUCGACAACUAAUUGGGGUAUUUCAAGUUAUAUCAUCCCUUCUCAGUCUACUUCAACAAUAAUGCCUUCAACCUUACCACAAGCACCACCUCCAACACCAACGAGUCCAGUUGAAGUUUUAGCAUGGAAUUAUUCUGAUACCAAUUUUGCAACUAACACUUCGACCCAAAUUGACAAUCAACAACAAAGUCUUCAACUGCCUACACAAUCAAAUAAUCAUGUACAUUUAUCGUUACAAUCCCCUCAUUCCAAUUAUAUUACAUCGAACACUUCUCAAGAGGAUUACGGUUUUACUACAGUAAACUUUAAUUUCUCAAUGUAA